AUGCUAAAGUCUUUUAAGUUUAUUCGUGUGUGGGAAGUUGUCAAAAGAAACAUUAGGUGGAGGGAACUUGCAACAUAUGAAGAAACUGCUAAUCCUGCAAAAGAAGCUGAACAUCUUCAUAUUCGAGCUCACAACAAGUCUCAUUGGAUGGUCAUUGGUGAUCAUGAUCUACGUGUUCCUUACACCGGAACUGAAGCAUGGACACGAUCGUUAGGCUACAAGGUUAUCGAUGAGUGGAGGAGUUGGAAGGUCGAUGACCAGAUAGCAGGAUACACACAAGGAUAUGAUAAAAAUCUCACGUUUCUCACGGUCAAGGGCGCGGGGCAUAGGGUACCCGAGUACAAACCUAAAGAAGCAUUGGUGUUUACUCCCGUUGGUUAGAGGGAAAGAAAAUAUAGGAAAAACCCGUUGAUAAGCGUGCUUGUUAAUUUAAGUAUAAUUUGGUAAAUUGGUGUUAUAGGGAAAAGAAACAGGCAACCUCAUGUACAAUAAAACAAAUCAAAUUAUCUUUGUUAUGAAGGCCG